AUGAAGCUGCUCUGCGGGGCCGCGCUGCUGCUGCUCUGCCUCGCCACCACCGCCGCCCAGACGUGCGUGUGCGAGAAGAACAAGCGCGUCACCGACUGCAGGACGGACAGCAGCGGCCGGUGUAUCUGCCAAGCCAUCGGCUCCGGAGCCACCGUGGAUUGCUCCACCCUGACUUCGAAAUGCCUGCUGAUGAAAGCAGAAGUGAUGGGCUCCAAGUCGGGUCGUCGUGAGAAACCCAAAGAUGCGUUUGAAGAUACCGAUGGUCUCUACGAUCCCGAGUGUGAAAACAGUGGCGCUUUCAAGGCGAAGCAGUGCAAUGGAACCACCUGUUGGUGUGUGAACACGGCUGGAGUUAGGAGAACUGACAAACACGAUGCAGACCUGAAGUGCAAUCAAUUAGUCAGAACGAUGUGGAUCAUCAUUGAAAUGAGACAUGCUGAGAGAAAUACUCCUCUGAACGCUGAAUCUUUAAAGAAGUUUUUCACGGACACCAUCACCAGUCGUUACCAGCUGGAUGGCCGCUACAUAGCCAAUGUUCUGUAUGAAAACCCUUUAAUUACUAUUGAUUUGAAGCAAAACGCCUCACAGAAAUUAGCUGGAGAUGUGGAUAUAGCUGAUGUGGCCUACUACUUUGAGAAAGAUGUGAAAGGUCAGUCCAUCUUUCAUAAUAAUGCUGGGAUAAAUGUCAGCAUUGACAACGAGCCGGUGAAGCUUGAGAAGACAGUGGUCUACUACGUUGAUGAAAUAGCACCAGAGUUCUCCAUGAAGUCCCUGACCCCCGGCGUCAUUGCUGUCAUUGUGGUGGUACUGGUAGCAAUAGUGGCUGCAAUUGUUGUCCUGGUCCUGACAAGGAGGAGGAAAGGGAAGUACGUGAAAGCUGAGGUGAAGGAAAUGAACGAAAUGCAUAGAGGACUGAAUGCUUAACUAAAUCAACUGAAGGUAAACCAGAUUACAAGAAAGAAGACAACAAAAACGUUAGAGGCAUGAAUCUUAAUUUCCUCUUGAAAGGGAGGCAAUUGUGCUCACUUAAUGAUUGUUAAAACUCUUUAACAGCCAAGGCUGGUAACCAUUCAGCUACUUCUACUAUUUGUUGAGAGUUAAAUGCUCCAUCUCACUCAAGUAAAACUUAACUGUUGCUCCCUGAUUUUAUUUUUUUUAUGAUGAUGAAACGAGUUAACAACUGCUGUUACUAGGGUUUUGGAGCAUACAUGCCUAAAUGGUUAUUUUACCCUUUUGGGAGUUAUAUUGAAAGUAAUGAUUUUGUAGCCAUGUUGUAAUGAG